CAAAAAUGAAUCACGAAUCAGAAAAUACUCCUUUGAUUUAAUAAGAGUUCCCUCCCCAAAAAUCCCAAAUUGUCUUACAACAGCAACCAAAAGUAGUUUCAAUUAAUUAACUGUUGUUCUAAAACACUACCUAAGCUUUGAAUCCUGGCAAAAUGAUUAGCAAGCAAAUAUACGUUUUUUCAAACUCUCUUAAAAAGUAUUGAUUAAUAUACCACUUCUUAGAACAUUAGCAUAAUAUAGAAACAAUGAGAGCAUCUCCCUUGCUAAAAAUAUCACCACAUCCUUAGAAGAAUUCGAUGGGUUGAGUUACGACAAUUCUGAAUUAAAUAAAGAUUAAUCACUCACUGCAAAAGGAGCUAAGUUCUUUGGCAAAACACUCUCUAGAAUCAAGGAUAACAUCACAGGAUUGCCAAAACAACCAGCACCACCAUAAGAAGAUUAAUAGCAAAACAGAAACGAAACCAUCGCCCAUUAGAGCCUAAAUUAAGAAGAAGAAAAUAUAUGAUUUAUAUAUAUU